AUGGGAGUGGACUGGUCUCUAAGAGAAGGUAAGCUUUUAUGUCACUUCCUAACCCUGCAUUAUUAACGUUGGCCAAAAUAAAAAAUCCAAUUUUUUGCGGUGAAAAUCUCAAGAUUUUAAUAGUGCCAGUGUGUGAGUUGACAUGGCGGCAAAUCAACUGCAUGAUUUCCUUAUAAACUUAUUUAAAGCAGUAAAGAAAAUUGAAGUUAUCUUUGGAUGAGUUUUUGAAGUCCUGGCGUAAUAUUAUAGUUGUAAAUCACAUUGUUUUGUCACAGGGUAUGCAUGGGCUGAAGACAAGGAACACUGUGAAGAAUAUGGUCGCAUGUUGCAGGCCGACCCAGCUAAAGUUAGUGCGAGAGCAAAGAAAAGAGGCUUACCACAGGUAAAACUAACAGCAGCUGUUUUUUCUCAAAUAGUCAACAUUCCUCUAGAGAACUGAACCUGGGCAAGUUGUUCAAAAGGGGGAUAAUGCUAUCCACUGGAUAAAUCUCUGUCCAGUUGAUAGCAAAGUUGGUUUCCCUGAUACUAUCCACUGGAUAGUGACUUAUCUAGUGGAUAGCAGUGGCAGAUCCAGGGGAACGGUCUGGGGGGGACCCCCCUUUCAGACCUGAUACAUGUAGACUGAAAUUCUUACAUCGAGAGGAUGGUAUAGCACUUUUUAACUGGCUGAUUUGUUUAAUGAAAUGCACAUUGGAUUUUGCCACUAAACUAAAUUCCAGGGCUAUUCUUUAAUGAUAUUGCUUUUGGGUACCCUCCUAUGAUCUGUUCACCUCUGCUCGCAUAACAGUAUUUUCCGCUCCAGUGAAGACCAGCAUUCACAGAUUGAGAAACACAUGGUCGUCUGUGUGAGAAGGAAUUUGCCACAAAAAAGUUCAACAGUCCUUUCUGAACCAAAGUUUGGACCACCCCUCCUAACAAAAAAAUUCCUGGAUCUGCCCCUGCCCCUGGAUAGAGCUAUUCAACGUUUGAACAACCAGGGCAUGGAGAGUUUCCCUGAUUUGCGCCAUAUCCUAGAGAUUUCUGAGAGAGUUAUGAUUAGCUUAUAUGACAUCACUGAUUCACAGUCGUAAUUUCGUGGAAGUUGACAGUACAGUUGUAUUGGAAAGAGGAAGGAAAGUUGUAAUUGUGAGAAGUUAGCUUUUGUGUCAUGAUGGAAUGUUAGCAUUUUUACUGUGUGACUACUAAACCAAGUCCUCCUUACUAACACAAAUUUUAUGACUUCUAUUAACUUAAAGUAUUUUUUUCCUGUUAAGCUUGGUACAUUAGGAGCUGGAAAUCAUUAUGCUGAGAUCCAAGUUGUAGAUGAAAUAUACAAUAUGCACACUGCAAAGAAAAUGGGAGUGGAUCGUCCUGGUCAGGUAAUCAAGGCGGUCGAAGUUGCGUAUUGAUGCCCACUAGGUAGUCUGUCUUAUCCAUCUGCCAAGAGCUCUGACCCACGUACAGUAGUGACCACUCCCACUAAUUGAUAUAUUACGUUACAGCACACAAAGACCAUCUUGAUAAGAUAACAGGGCUAAAAUCGUGGACAAAACCACAUUGUUUCGGGGGUGAAUUGAUCUGUGUUGAACAACACAGGGAGAGCAUUUUAAAUUUUGAAUUCAAAGGAGCGUAUUAUUUUUCUUAAGUAGUUUUGUCAAAGAUUGUAGGUCACGAUGUUUCGGCAUUUUCAGCGCUGUUAAGUUUGUGUGAUAAAAAAGAAGGAUGCAAUGUUCAGCAAUAAGAGCAUGUCACGAGCUCUAAAAAAACUUUUUCUCCCUAGACAGGAAUCGAGCCAUUUUGGUUUAGCUAUAUGGCUACUCUAUAAUUUAGUCCGGCUCCGACUGAUAAUUUUUAAUAUCUAUUUUUUAACAAUUCAGGUUUGUAUUAUGAUCCAUAGUGGAAGCAGAGGACUCGGCCAUCAAGUAGCUACCGGUGAGUAGUAAUUCUGAUUUUAAUAGAAAUUUUGAAUAGAAUUCUCCGAUUAUAAAAAGGCUUUUUUCGUUGUCAUUUCUUCUUUUCUGCCUGUAAUUUUGCAGAUGCCCUUGUUGCUAUGGAGAAAGCAAUGAAAAGAGAUAAAAUUGAAGUUAACGACAGACAGGUUUGCUGACGUUAGUUGAUUUUUCUUUCGGUUAAGAAGUGCUAGCUAUUCGAAAUAAAUUAAAAAGGUUGUCGCAUUCAUAUCCUAAACUUUUCCUUGUUUCCCGGCACUUUGUGGUCACUUAAGCGCCAUUACGUUGGUCCUUUUCCCACUAUUGCAUUCGUUACUUUCCUGCCAUUUCAUUUGUCAUUUUCCCGGCACUGCGUUCAGUACUUUUCCCCCACAUUACGUUUGUCAUUUUCCCACCAUUGCAUUCUCAUUUUCCCGCCUUUCCGUUUGUCAUUUUUCCGCCAUUGCGUUCGUCUUUUCCCCGCCAUUUUGUUUGUCAUUUUCCCGCCAUUACGUUUUUUAUUUUCCCGCCAUAGCGUUCGUCAGUCGUCACUCUCCCGCUGUUCCCGCCAUUACUCGUCACCUUCCCGCCUGUAUGUUGAUCAUUUUGUCACUUGGUCGCCAUUACGUUUGUCAUUUUCCUGCCGUUUCGUUCUUCACCUCUCGCCUGAAGAUUUGUCCUGAGUUUUAAGCGCCUUUUCCCCAUCAUUGUGUUCGUAUCUUCCUCGUCUGUGAACUCGGAAUCUUUAGUACAGAUUUAAUGUAAAAGCGGCCAAAUCUUUCUAACACAACCCCUCUAAUCUGGGUGGAAAGUUAUUGUGGUAUGGCUAAAAGCAAUUAUGUCACAUUUUUACAGCUUGCCUGUGCAAGAAUACAUUCCGUAGAGGGGCAGGAUUACCUAAAAGGUAUGGCUGCCGCAGCUAAUUAUGCUUGGGUCAACCGAUCCACAAUGACGUUCCUAACAAGACAAGCGUUUGGCAAAGUAUUCAAAAGUACCCCAGAUGAUCUGGAUAUGCACUUGAUCUAUGACGUGUCACACAACAUCGCGAAGAUAGAGGAGCAUGUAUCCUUUAUGUACUUAUUAAUUUAAACAUACCGUUUGUUUACCUAAGGUAAAUUUGUAUAUUUUUUAGUUUACAGUUGUCUUUGAUUGUAUCCUCACGGCACUCGUCACGUAUAAAGAGACUUCAAAAUUUUUACUUGAAGGCAUGUGACUGCUUAGGUGGUCGCCCUAACUUUUGCAAAUGUGGUUGAAAUAUAAUAUUUAGUGUGCAGUUCAAACUUUUGAGUCUGUGGAUAAAAUCAUAAUGUGUAACUAUUCAAACAAAACCUCUGCGGCAGUACUUUCACAUGGUACUAUUUGUUUAGUUUGUAGUUUAAACUUUGGAGUUUUUGGAUGAAAUCCUAAUGUCUAACCAUUCAACCAAAACCUCUUCAGCGGUAGUUUCACAUGGUGCUAUUUCAUUAUUUUAGUAUUUAGUUCUAAGGUUUGGGUCUGUGGAUAAAAUCCUAUGGUGCGACUAUUCAAAUAAAACCUCUUUAGGUACUUUCACCUUAUAGUAUUUAUCUAGAUGUAUUGCUAACUGUGAACUUUGUGGAUGAAAUCCUAAGGUGUGAGCAUUCAAAUAAAACCUCAUCGAGUCUUUUUUCGUGUUACAAUUUAAAAAUGUAACUUGAGAUUGUGUUUUGGCUCUCUUAACCGCACUAAAGAUGUUAGAUGGCGUUCAAAAGACUCUUCUUGUACAUAGAAAAGGAUCGACCAGGGCAUUCCCUCCUCAUCAUCCUCUUAUUCCCGUAGAUUAUCAGGUUAGUAUUGUUUUGUAGUUUUUUUCAGUACGCAAGCAUAGGAAAUUCUGUACAUCACGAUUUAAUUACUUCGUUGAGGUCCGUAGUACGAAAUUGAUUUUUUUUUUGGGGGGGGGGGGGGGGGGCAAAUAAAUUAUUUCUUUUCCCAAUGGAAACUUUCAACCCCCCGAAUUAAUUUUUUUUUUUUUUUGGUUGCUUGCCCACCCAGUUUUUUUGGGGGGCCCCUGGGGUACUUUAGGGAAAGCCUUUUUUUCACCCCCCCCUCCAAAGUCCUUUUUUUUCUUCCUCCCUCCCCCUCCAUUACUUUUUUUUUUGUUUUUUUUCAUUUUUUCGGCCUUUUUUCCAUAAUGUACUCUCUUUACCAAAUAAAAAAGUGCCAGCCGGCCACUCCCCCCCUUUUCCUUCUUUUUCCCCAAAUAUUUUAUGUUUUUUUUUUUUUUUUUUUUUUUUUCGUCACCAAAAAAAAGAAAAUUUUAGACAUACUUUUUUUUUUUUUUUGGUGGGGUCCGUAGAAGAAAUUUUUUUUUUUUUUUGGGGGGGGGGGGGGGGGGGCAAAUACAUUAUUUCCUUGUCCAACUGUAACUGUCAACUCCACUGAAUUAGUUUCUUUUAUUUGUAGCUGACUGGCCAGCCAGUUCUUAUUGGAGGCACCAUGGGUACUUGUAGGUAAGCCCUUUCUUCACCCCACCCUUCAAAGUGCCUUUGUUUCGUACUCACUCACGCUUCAUUGACUUUUUAUUUGGCUUUUGUACAUUUUGCUGGCAUUUUUCCAAGCAUUUUAGUGAAGCAAAAGCAUGAAUCAUUAUUCGAACAUUUUAGUGGAAUUUUUUCAGGAAAGUAUAUCUUUUUUUGCGAGGAAAUGAAAAUGAAAAAAAUAAUUUAAAGAGAAAAUGAACAAUUUAUGUCGAAGUUCAAAACCGAGAAAACUCAAAUGUCACCCUAAUACAGCCGUUAGAGUGUUAUCUUUUGCUCUGUGAAAACCAUGAACUUGUAUACAUUGUUGUUUUACCACCUAAUGUUGUUUUAGCGUUAAAAGCGUCUGUAUGACGAGCGUUAUCGAGCAUUUUAGUUACUUUUUUGAGGGCGACCGAUUAUUUUAGUGGAAAAAAUGGAGCAGUAAGGUGGAGCCUUUUUGUGGGAAAGUAAACGGAUAAUAUACAAAAGCCAACUUUUUUUUGUUUUUUUGCUUUUUUACACAGUUAUGUUCUAACGGGAACAGAGAAAGGAAUGAGACAAACCUUUGGUACAACAUGUCAUGGGGCUGUAAGUGAUGUAUAUGAUUAGACAAACAGAUGAUUCCCAAAUUCUUUGUUUUGUAAUGCCCCUUAGUGCUUAAACUGUAAUUAGCAAUUAGCAAUUGCUAUUUUGCGGGCCAGUGUAUUGUAAUCUACAUUUUUAGUAAAUAAAGUUGAAGUUGAAGUUGCUCUUCAGCAUCUCUGUAAUGGUGCUUAAACUGUUUCAGAGUUGAAACAGUUUCAGUGACAAACGUGAACUUCAAAGCAAAUUAUUUGUCCACUCCUAAGUUGAUUCUUGAGGCAGAUUUACAUAUUUAGAAAUGAUUCUUAAUGACCCUUAAUUGACUCCAAAAGCUCAGAAUUGUUUUUUUAAGUUUCAGGGAAGCAUGAAUUUUGUAAAAAAUACUUUUUAUACAAUUUAAUAAUUUUACGUCAGCUUUGAAAGGUUACUUGAUUUUUUAAAAAACUUCUCACUAUGCACUGUUGUGUUUUUAUAGGGCAGAGCUUUAUCUAGAUCCAAGUCUCGGUAAGCUUUGGUUGGUCCCUAAAGGUGGCCAACUGUUAAUUUCUCCUUAUACUAGCACCGUCAAUCGAUAACUGAGGUUGUAAGGGAAAAGCAAAUUAUCAACAAUUAAAAAAGGUCUUGAUUGUGAGGCAAAUCCUCGUCAUCAGUAUCAUAACUCCGCCCGCAUCGUCUAACUUUCACUAUUUGCAGGCGGAGAUGCAUGGCAAAUUGAUGUGUAUGAAAAUAAAGUAUAGUAUAGGGAAUAUGUGGGAAACAGUAAGGAGAAUAUACAUGCUGAUAUUAGGGUUUUAAGAGUUAAGGGGCUAGCUGAUUUUGGCAUCUAUCAGUUAGUACUUGAAUUUACCAAAACCACUUUCGAAUAAUGGUGUUGAAAUGAAACAAAACACGGAAUAGCCUUCAAGCAUCUCCUAUUCGCCACUUUAAAACAAGAAAAGAACUGGAGCCGCAAUGGUUUCUGGGAUCGUAACUGGGGACGCGACGGUCAGCUAUUGGUCAAUUUUUUCGUUGUCCCUAGUAACAGUCCCAGAAGUCCUUGCGAAAGUUAACUCGCCCCAGGUUCCUUCUUUUUCUAAAAUGGGGAAUCUGGAGACGUCUACGCGCACGCCAAACACAGAAGAAAUACAGGAAAGCAUUAGGAGAGAGUAUUUAUGAGGAAAAUUUGAUAAGAUUAGAAUGGAUAGCGUACAAGUAAACUGAAACAAGGUCUGUCUGUCUUUUGUUUGAAAGUAUGACUUAAAGAACUCGUCAUUAAUGAUAAAUAAAAUCUCAACUAAAAUCUCCAUGAUUAUGAGAAAAUGCCUUCUCCUGUCGAUCAAAUCACCCUUUUCGAGAAAGGCCACUUCCUCUCGCAUUUCUUGAUUUUGGAUCGUCACGAACUACUUUACUAUGCUUUGUUUUUCGUUUUUAGACGACAGCUUGAUUAUCAAGAUGUGUUGGAUAAUCUUAAGUCAAAGGGGAUAUCUAUCAGAGUUGCCUCGCCAAAGCUUGUCAUGGAAGAGGUACGCUUUUCACAUAUUUGGGGUUUUCAGGGCCAAUAUCCUUUUGCAUUAUUUUGCAAGGUAUUUUCGCUGAUCGUUGCGGAUCACUUUUGCCUUGUGUUGGCGAAUCUUUGCGGAAUCUUUCGCCCUCUCCUCCCUCCCUUCUGUCAUGUGUGGGUGUGCAGGUAAGUACAUUUCACCUGGUAAGUAUCUUUUCCACUGAGUAUUUUUCUCAGUGUGAUGGUGCAAGUUAGCGGCUGUUGGCAGGGGUGGUUCCCGCUUCCAGGGUUGCCUUGGUUACCUCCUUGCCUUAUUUUUCGCUAACCUUUUAGGCACCAGUUCCCAAGCUCAUCAAUUGGCGAUGAGUUUAACGCUAUCUUUACUGUCCAUGUUAACGUCAUUCAACCUCUUUCAGGCACCUGAAUCUUACAAAAACGUAACAGAUGUAGUCAAUACCUGUAAGUAUCUCUACUUAUUUACUGGCCAACUUUGUUUCUUUCCGAGAAAUAUCAUAAGUGUCAUGAGGUUUAUUCAGUUUCUCUAAUGAUUUGAGGAAAAACAGCUUUUAAAAUUACGGUUUAUUUAACAAAUUCAGUUUAAUCAUUUCGUACAAUAUUUUAAUAUUUUUUCUGUUCAGUCGAUAUACCAGUUUUUGCAGUGUAAUAAUCUUGUAAUUAUAUUUACAUGUUACUGAGUUAGAUUUUACGAGUUAAAAGCGUAAGUAGAAUAAACAGAUUUUUGUCUGUGACAUUGCGUACAAGUCUGAUACAUUACUAUAUUUACAGUACUCUACAGUACUAUACAAUACUACGUAUUUUCAGGUCACGAUGCAGGAAUCAGUCAAAAGGCGAUCAAACUCAGGCCAAUCGCCGUGAUCAAAGGAUAA